AUGGGUCACAGGAAGUUGUGUCUGCUGCUGCUGCUCGGCUGCUGCGCGCGGGCUCCAGCAUCCAGAUUCAAGGCCUUCAGGAAGUAUGUGUAUCGGUACAGCACAGAGAGCCGGAACAGCGUGACCGGCGCCGCCGACCUGAGAGACGGCCAUGAGCUCACCUGUCAGGUGGAGGUCGAGGUCCCCCACCUGUGCAAGUUCAUCAUGCACACCAGGGGCUGCACCCUCAGGCCGGCCCCCAGCUCGGACGCCUUCCAGGCCGCCAUGGAAAGGAACCCUCUGAAGUUCACCCUGCAGGGUGUCUCCAACAUUCAGCUUUACCCCGACGCCGACGAGGCGAUCGGCAUCCUCAACAUCAAGAGAGGGAUCGUUUCUGCUCUCAUGGUUCCAGACACGGAGGACCAGCAGGGCGGCCGCACGAGCACCGUGCACGGUCAGUGCGUCACUCUGGUGAACUCGAGCAGUGAUGUUGCCACAGGUGUGACGCUGGUCAGAGAUCUGUCCCAGUGUGACCAGUUCUACAGCAGAGAGCUGACCAACAGCCCGCUGGCCCUGCUGCAGAGACUGGUGGGAACUCAGAAGCAGGCGCCGUUACGCCUCAGCUUUAAUCUGCUCUGCAGGGACAGCAUGGUGUCGUCAGAGCUGACGCAGGAGCUGCGCUUCCAGAGCAACAGGAGGACCAGCAACAGAGACUUCAGUGUGGAGCGCGACCAGGUGAGGCCCCUUCACUUUGAAGAUCCUGAAGAUAAAUCUCCAGUGCAGACGGGAGACGAUGUUCUGACCACCUUACGGGAGCUGGUGACGUUAGCGGGCUCAGACCAGGGUCAAAAAAGGGCGGGGCUUUUCCAUAAGCUGGUGUCCGGCCUGCGCGCCCUGAGGAACGAGACCCUGAGCCGGGCGGUCCCUGAGAUGCGAGCGGCAUCAGGCUGGCUCACCUGGCAGGCCCUGUUCCAGUGCGGGACCUCAGAGUGCACCAGCGCCAUCCUGCAGAUUAUCCGGACCAUCGACGGCGUUUCCCUGGAGACAGACGCUCUGGUCUACGCCUUGAGUCUGCAGGCUGACCCUGAUGCUGCACGUGUGCGAGACAUGCUCAGCAUGGCUCAGUAUAAACAGAGCAAGCCCAUCAUGUACGCUCUGGCCAACACAGUGAAGAAGAUCCAUAAAAACGCGGUAACGCCGGAGGUCACGGAUGUGCUCACAGACGUGUCAAAGUUCAUGGAGGUGCUCUUAAACGACUGCUCAGUCCCACACUACGACUCUGACCUUCCUCCUGACCCCGCAGAGAUGUCCUUCCUUGUCCUGAGGGUCGUUGGGGUCAUGGGUCAGGCCAUGCAAGCCGUCAGCCCCAGCCUGAUCUCGUCCAUUUUACGAUGUGCAAAGAAAGCAGAAGUCCCACUAUCACAUCAAAAGGCAGCCAUACAGGCCUUUAGACGGAUGGACGUCAGUGAUGAGGUCAGAGAUGUGUUCGUGGAGGUGUACCGGGAUGAUCACAGCCCCGUAGAAAAGCGUGUAGCAGCUUUCCUGAUUCUGAUGAAGAGCCCGGACCGAGCGACCAUCAGAGACAUCGUCAGCAGUUUGGAGAACACGAGGGACGAGCAGCUCAGGAGCUUCGUGGUGUCUUACCUGAACAACAUCAGAAACUCAGACGAACCACAAAUACAGCAACUCAGGGAGUACACUGAGUCGGCCCUGAAUGGCCAGCCGUCACUCACAGGCGCCAUCUUUGAUGGCAUGUCCCGCAACUACAAGCUGGACUCCUCCUUGGGAUCAAUCCAGAGCAACAUCAUCUUUGAUGGAAGCGACACCUUACCCAAGGAGAUGAUGCUGGAGACCACGCUGAAGGUGUUUGACUACAGCUACGACAUCUUCGAGGUCGGCGUUGAAGGAACGGGAUUCGAACCAACGAUCGAUGCUCUUUUUGGGGAGAGAGGUUUGCUCCCUGAAUCCAUUUCCAGACUGAUGUACUUGGCGCAGGACAAAGCCCCAAUGCUCAAAGCCAUUUUGGACAGAAUAGCACCCCAACGAGACAGAAGGAAGAGACAGAUCCCAGAAGACUUUCUGAAAGACAUGGCGGACAGAAUCCAGAAACUUGUGAAUGAUGUGAGCUCCUCUCCAGCGCCUGAAGCCGCCGCCUACCUCCGACUUUUGGGGAAUGAGAUUGGAUAUCUGAAGACCGGCGAGAUGAGGAAAAUGUUUGAGACUCUGUUCAUGUACUACCACGUCUUCAUCAGGACUGAGUUGUCCUUCAUGCCUUCGGUUGGACUGGAGUUCAUCACCCAGAUGGGCGUGCACAUUCCAGACUACGUGGACGCCGGGAUUCAGACGCACACCAACAUGUACCAUGAAAGUUCCCUUAAUGCUAAAGCUACAGUUAACCGAAGGCAGGUCAAGCUGUCCAUCCCUGCUCCUCAGUCGAACACUCAGCUUUUCAGCGUGAGCACCAAGGUGCUGUCUCUGUCAUCUGGUCAAACAACGAUGGGGCCAUGCAAGGUGGGAGACCGGGCCGACUCAGUCGAUUGCCAGCCUCUGCUCAGUGGUCUGAAGCUCUGCACAGCAGUGCGUUACUCCAAUCCUACCUCUGUGGAUCAGGCACCAUGUUCCUCUCUAACCGGAGAAACCAGGUUUGCAGUUGAAAUCCAGCCAACAGGAACAGUUUCAGAGUACACCGCCACCAUCGCAGAUGAGACGGUCAGAGAGGGCAAACGAGGGCGCCAUAAGGUGGAAACGCUGAAAUUAAUCCUGAAGGCAGAAGGCGACGAUUCAUCGGAGGCCUCGGCAGCUCUGAAAUACAAUCGCUUAAAAAACACCGUCUCUGCUGAGGUCGUCAUUCCUGACUAUGACGUGGAAGCAGGAGUCAAACUGGUUUUCACUGAGAGCGGUGCUGAGAGGAAGAUGAGGGGCAUCACCAUCGAUAUCACCAACAAGAACAUCCCACAGCUGACGCUUGUUGGACGUGCCAGGUACAGAGUUCAUUAA